AUGAUGCUGUGUCUGACUUUGAACGUGUACUACCUUCACUUUUUAUAUAGAGUCUCAGGGAACUCACGCAGCCUUAUCUACGGUCGCGGGUUCGAGUCACCAUGGCGGUCGCUGUGUAACCUGUCCGCACUCCAACUGUUGGUCCAAACCCGAUUUUAUGUCGAGAAAAGGGCCUCUCGCCAUGAGGAUGUUAAGCGCGGCUGCCUUGGUGUCCAGCGGGUCAGGCACAGUGAGCACGACUGCCUUCCUCUCGCAAACAACACUAAGCUCUUUGAAAGUAACCAAAGAAUGUUAGAAAUGAAACCUUGGUGCACAGCCCUCGCUGCCCUGUUCAGCCUUGGGUACUCGGUCUCGGCUUUCCCAUAUGUCACCGGACCUCCUGAAGUGAGCGCCCUUUGCCCUGUGUCUGAAGGAGAAUCCGCUACCUUGCUCCCUAAUCCUGCCGACUGCACGACGUAUUACAGCUGUAACUGGGGCGUUGCUUACCUUAUGUCAUGUCCCAGUGGCCUUUAUUUCGACGUCAACCUCCGCGUAUGCACUUGGUCAUGGGAAGCGACAUGUUACGCUGCUACGACGGCCAGUACUACGCAAACAACACAAAUUCGGACCGAGGACCCCUUGGGUACGAGCACACCAUCGACGACGACCGACCACAUGGACACGACCUCACCAGAAGGUACCACUGCCCCUACCAACACGACGACCCCAACAAACACCGACGCCCCGAAGACGACGAUUUCUCCACACACGGGGCCUCCCGAGAUUAGCGCCCAGUGCCCCGUUCCUGAAGGAGAUUUCGCGAGGCUGCUUCCCAACCCGGACGACUGCACGACCUAUUACAGCUGUAGUUGGGGCGUUGCCUACCUCAUGUCGUGCCCUCCGGGACUCUACUUCGACACCAACCUUCUCGUUUGCACUUGGUCCUGGGAAGCCACCUGUUACAGCUCCACAAAGCCCACUUCAGAGCCAUUCACGUCUACCGAAUUAAGCACGGCUGCCCCUGAAACCACUGCAACAAGCACUGAAGUCUCCCAGACCACCACAGUAAUCACUGAGGUUUCUGAGACUACUGUACCAAAUACUGAGGUUCCUGAAACCACAGCACCUAACACGGAGGCUCCUGAAACCACAGCACCAAGUACUGAGGUUCCUGAAACCACAGCACCUAACACAGAGGUUCCUGAAACCACUUCACCAAAUACAGAAGUUCCUGAAACCACAGCACCAAAUACUGAGGUUCCUGAAACCACAGCACCUAACACAGAGGGUCCUGAAACCACAGCACCUAACACAGAGGUUCCUGAAACCACAGCACCAAAUACUGAAGUUCCUGAAACCACAGCACCUAACACAGAGGUUCCUGAAACCACAGCACCUAACACAGAGGUUCCUGAAACCACUUCACCAAAUACAGAAGUUCCUGAAACCACAGCACCAAAUACUGAGGUUCCUGAAACCACAGCACCUAACACAGAGGGUCCUGAAACCACAGCACCAAAUACUGAAGUUCCUGAAACCACAGCACCUAACACAGAGGCUCCUGAAACCACAGCACCAAAUACUGAAGUUCCUGAAACCACAGCACCAAAUACUGAAGUUCCUGAAACCACAGCACCUAACACAGAGGCUCCUGAAACCACAGCACCAAAUACUGAAGUUCCUGAAACCACAGCACCUAACACAGAGGCUCCUGAAACCACAGCACCAAAUACUGAAGUUCCUGAAACCACAGCACCUAACACAGAGGCUCCUGAAACCACAGCACCAAAUACUGAAGUUCCUGAAACCACAGCACCUAACACAGAAGCUCCUGAAACCACAGCACCAAAUACAGAAGUUACUGAAACCACAGCUCCAAAUACUGAAGUUCCUGAAACCACAGCACCUAACACAGAGGCUCCUGAAACCACAUCACCAAAUACUGAAGUUACUGAAACCACAGCUCAAAAUACUGAAGUUCCUGAAACCACAGCACCAAAUACUGAAGUUCCUGAAACCACAGCACCAAAUACUGAAGUUCCUGAAACCACAGCACCUAACACAGAGGCUCCUGAAACCACAGCACCAAAAACUGAAGUUCCUGAAACCACAGCAUCUAACACAGAGGCUCCUGAAACCACAGCACCAAAUACUGAAGUUCCUGAAACCACAGCACCAAAUACUGAAGUUACUGAAACCACAGCUCCAAAUACUGAAGUUCCUGAAACCACAGCACCUAACACAGAGGCUCCUGAAACCACAGCACCAAAUACUGAAGUUCCUGAAACCACAGCACCUAACACAGAGGCUCCUGAAACCACAGCACCAAAUACUGAAGUUCCUGAAACCACAGCACCUAACACAGAGGCUCCUGAAACCACAGCACCAAAUACUGAAGUUCCUGAAACCACAGCACCUAACACAGAAGCUCCUGAAACCACAGCACCAAAUACAGAAGUUACUGAAACCACAGCUCCAAAUACUGAAGUUCCUGUAACCACAGCUCAAAAUACCGAAGUUCCUGAAACCACAGCACCAAAUACCGAAGUUACUGAAACCACAGCACCUAACACAGAGGUUCCUGAAACCACAGUACCAAAUACUGAAGUUCCUGAAACCACAGCACCAAAUACUGAAGUUCCUGAAACCACAGCACCUAACACAGAGGCUCCUGAAACCACAGCACCUAACACAGAGGCUCCUGAAACCACAGCACCUAACACAGAGGCUCCUGAAACCACAGCACCAAAUACUGAAGUUCCUGAAACCACAGCACCUAACACAGAGGUUUCUGAGACCACAGCACCAAAUACUGAGGUUCCUGAAACCACAGCACCUAACACAGAGAUUCCUGAAACCACAGCACCAAAUACUGAAGUUCCUGAAACCACAGCUCCAAAUACUGAAGUUCCUGAAACCACAGCUCCAAAUACUGAAGUUCCUGAAACCACAGCACCAAAUACUGAAGUUCCUGAAACCACAGCACCAGAUACUGAAGUUCCUGAAACCACAGCACCAAAUACUGAAGUUCCUGAAACCACAGCACCA